CUUGAUGAAGAGAGUAAAUUUAAGAAGAUCAAUAGUGUGAAGAAGUGAUAGUUUAUAGUGUAAAAUGGAGUUUUAUGAAGCUUUGAGAGAGAGGGGGGUAGCAGAGGAGAACAUCACCAGGAUGAUAGAGGACAAGGUGGACCAUGACGUUAUGGCUGUAAUAGAUGAUGACACCUUGUCCAGGUAUAUACCUCAUCUGGGAGACAGAGUGUUUGCCAGGAACUGGACCAAUGGCGAAUGCCAUGAAGACAGGAGGAGAAUUCUCAUUGAUUGUCUUCGGUCGAAAAUGAAACUGCCCUGCAGUGGCCCAGCACCAACAGCCACGCAAACCCAUUCUCCAAGUUUUGGCGUUGGGAACAAGAAUUGCAAAAAAUACAAGAAAGAUAGAAGUAGGGUGGAUGAAUUAUCAUAAUGGUGUUUUAAAACAAGUUAGACGUCCAACUGGAGGUGGCACAAGAGAGGUUAUAGUGAGGAAAGAUGAAACAAUGAAAAACAUCCUUGAGGAUGGAAAGAGAAUGUUUUUCCCGAAUGGAAAAUCCACGAAAGGGCAAGUGGAUGACUUUGAGUUUACACUCUGUGUCAUGGGUUCAGAGGAGCCUUUAGAAGACACACUGUCUAUAGCAAGUCUAUAUGAUCUGACUCGGCACAAAAUACUUAGAUUGUAUGUCUGCACUAAGAAAAAGAAUUCAGAAACUAAUUUCAAUGACACACCUCGACAGGACAGUUCACUUGUGGAGAACACUUGCAUUACCCUCCAGAGUUCUUCAAGCUUCCCCGAUUGCCAGAUAUCUCUCCAUAGCCCUGUAAUGCCUGUUGUGCCUCAUGAAAUGGCACAGCUCAUGUCUACCUCCAGCCCUGUUAUGUCUACAUGUGCAGCUGUCAUUCCACAUUCAAAUGAGGAUGAUGAAGAAGUUCAGUUUCUUGGUGAUUCUGUGGUGAUCCUGUGUGAUGACGCUAGUGACACUCUAGUCUAUACCCCAGAAGUUCCCCCUCAGCUUCUAUUUGAAAAUUUGCUAACAGAUAGUGAUGUUAGUCCGAUGUGUGAUGACUCCAGCUCCUCUUUCUAUGAAAACCCUGAAAAUGUUGCAGAGAGGCAGACCCUCACUAUUCGUUCAGCCCACUGCAUGUCAGAUUUGAUUAAGGCUUUUUCUGACCCCAACAUCCUGGAUGCUAAUGUAUCUUUUCAGCGGGUUCUGGAAAAUGGUGACAUUGAAAACGGGGUGGGCAAUGGACUCAACAUGGACUGUCUUACUGAAUUCUGGGAUAAAUUUUACUUAUCGAGGACCUGUGGCACCACAUUCAAGGUGCCUACCUUACACCAUACGUAUAAAGAAAGAGAAUGGGAGGCAGUGGCUCGAAUUGUUGCCUUUGGUUGGCAGAAGUACAAGUAUCUUCCUAUCGAGCUGGCACCACCAUUUCUACUAGAGGCCUUCUCCAUACCCACCUCUACAUGCAGCUUGAUGGAAGCGUUCUUCAACUACAUCAGCCCCAGUGAAAAAGAUGCCCUCACAGAGGCUUUAAAUGAUUUCCACCAAGCCGACUUAGAUGAGCUGUUAACAAUACUUGGCAGUCACAGCUGCACAUCUCUACCUACAGAGCUGAAUUUGGCCAAACUUCUUGAUGAAAUUGCACACAAGGAACUUGUGCAAGAACCGGCAUUCAUUAUCAAGUGUUGGAAGCCAAUCUUGAAAAGGUUAUGGCAAAGCCAAUCUUGA